UUGGCUGCUGGGCGCCGGUGGAAGGUUUAUAUAGCCUUGGGUGGAAGGCACUAGGUGGUGUUUUCCUAUUAUUUUCGCUUUAAAUUUUCCAAUAAACCUGCGCUUAGACCGUUAUUUUGCCAAGGAACACAGCAGUCUGCAAGACAAGUGGGCAUGGAGAAUCCACCAACCACUGAGCUGGUAGUUCAAGCGAUCCAGACUUUGUAUCAUGAUCCAAACCCAACCAGCAAAGAGCAGGCAUCCAAAUGGCUCCAAGAGCUACAACAGUCAAUCGUGGCCUGGAAGGUGGCCGACCAGCUGCUGCACGACAAGCGCGACCUGGAAUCGUGCUACUUCGCGGCGCAGACGAUGCGCACCAAGAUCCAGUACUCGUUCCACGAGCUGCCGCCAGAGGCGCACGGCUCGCUGCGGGAGUCUCUGCUGGAGCACAUGGCCUGCAUCACGGCCGGCACCAGCCAGAUCAUCGUCACACAGCUGUGUCUGUCGGUGGCCGACCUGGCGCUACUCAUGUCCUCCUGGCUGACGCCCGUCGAGGACCUGGUGGCCCGGUUCGGCGACUCCCACCCGGUGCCGCUGCUCGAAGUGCUCACCGUGCUGCCCGAGGAGGUGGGCUCGCGGCACCUGCGGCUGGGCGCCAACCGGCGCGACCAGGUCACCGCCUACUGCACGCGCACCUGUCCGCUGGUGCUCAACCUGCUGAACGGUUCGGUGAGCGCCACGGAGCCGACCCUGCAGACGAAGCUGCUGCGCUGCCUCUCCUCGUGGUUCACGUUCCCGGCGGACGCGCUCGUCCAGGUGGCGGACUCGGACCUGCUCAAAUUCACCUUCCAGGUGCUGCACAACCACAGGGCGUCUGACUCCCUGCACGAGGUGGCCACCGACUGCGUGUGCUCGGCCCUGUUUCUGAUCGAGGAGGACCUCAAGUACCAGCCGCUGGCCAAGGCUCUGUUCACGGGCGCGUUCACGCUGGCCGAGCCGUACCAGCUGGCCGUGGCGGAGGAGCUCAUCGACAAGUGCCGCAACUACAGCCGCAUCUUCACCGAGCUCGGGGAGGCCGUGGUGACGGUGAUCGUCAACAACCCGGGCCACGGGCUGGGAUCGCUGCAGGUGCUCGACAUGAUCCUCGUCUGCGUCGGACACCACGACUACGAGGUGGCAGAGGUGACGUUCCACUUUUGGUACCGGCUCUCUGAGGAGCUGUACCAGCAGAAGAGCUCCGACCAGAACGCCCGCUUCAAGCCGUACUUUGAGCGGCUGCUGCUGGCCCUCUGUCGACACUGCCAGAUGGAGUCGGAUCAUGACGGCACGCCGGACGACCAGGACGACUUUAACGACUUCCGUGCGCGCGUGGCCGACCUGGUGCGCGACUUUGUGUUCGUGUGCGGCUCGCUGGACGUGUUCCACCAGAUGUACCUGUUCCUGCAGGCGGCCGGCGCGCCCUGGGAGAGCAGCGAGGCGGCCCUCUUCAUCAUGGCCACCGUGGCCAAAAACAUACUGCCUAAGCAGGACAGCGUGGUCCCCGAGGUGGUGCAGGCGGUGCUCGCCCUCUCCGAUAAUGUCCACCUGGCGCUGAGGUACACAGCCAUCAACCUGCUCAACGGACUGGCAGAGUGGAUCGGGGAGCAUCCCAGUGUACUAGAACCGGUGCUGAACUUCCUGCUGGUGGGCCUGCGGGUGGCCAAGCUGGCCACGGUGUCGGCGCGCGCGCUGCGCUCCAUCUGCGCCCAGUGCGACCGCCAGAUGACGGGCCACCUGAGCGGUCUGGUGCAGAUCGUGCAGGCGCUGGACACGUUCAAUAUCACAUCGGACGCCGCCGUCGGCAUCCUGGAGGGAACCGCCAAGGUGGUGGCCAACAUGCCCCCGGAGGCGAUACCGGAGAUGAUCAGCAAAAUCUGCCAGCCGCUGCUCGGGCCGCUUCAGCAGACCGUAGACCAGGCGGGCGACAGCCGUCCGGCCAAGGGCUCUCGGUCUGACCCGGUGCUGUGGCUGGACCGUUUGGCGGCCGUGUUCCGCCACACUCACCCGGAGGUCUCCAACGGCCAGAUCCACCCCUGCAAGGCCGUCUUCGAGGAGCAGGUGUGGCCAGUCCUCUCGGCAGUGAUGCGCCGCUUCCAGCGCGACGGCCGGGUGAUGGAGCGCUGCUGCCGCUGCCUGCGGUUCGCCGUCCGCUGUGUGGGCGCCCAGUCGGCGCCUCUGCUGCAGCCCAUGACGGCGCAGAUGGUGGAGAUCUACGCCACCACGCAGCACAGCUGCCUCAUCUACCUCGCGUCGGUAAUAGUGGACGAGUACGCGGCGCAGCCGGAGUGCGUGCCGCCGCUGCUGGGCACGCUGCACGCCCUGCUGCCGGCCGCGCUCCCGCUGCUGGCCGGCCCGGACGGACUGCGACAGCACCCAGAGACCGUGGACGACCUGUUCCGACUGUGCACCCGGCUGGUGCAGCGGGUCACACUGCCCUUCCUGCGGCACCCGCAGACGCGCGACGUGACGCGCCUGGCCGUCUCGGCCGUCACACUCGACCACCGAGACGCCAACGCGUCGGUGACCAAGUACCUGUCGGAGCUGCUGCGCUGGGGCCGCAAGUACGAGGAGCGGGACGACUUUGACGAGCGCCGCCAGCUGGUGGCGGCUGCCUUCGCCGAGUUCGGCGCCGCGCUCGUCGGCAACCUCAUCCAGGCCACGCUGUUCUGCGUGGCCAGCUUCAUGAUCCCCGACAUCGGCGAGGUGUUCAUGGAGGCGCUUCUCACCGACCGGCCGUCGGUGUGUCGGUGGCUGGAGGCCACGCUCAAGUCGCUGCCCACGGAGAGCGCCGGCGGAAUAGUGACGGCCACGCACAAACAGCUGGUCGAGUUCCACAAGGCCGUCACCAGUGCCGAGACGACGCAGGACGCGGUGAGAGCGCUGCGCGAGUUCUCGCGGCUGUACAGAUGAUACUGCGUCGGCUGAGAGCCUCCACAGGGUCAGUUACCCCACCUGGGGCCGCCCCGGGGACGGGACGGCACGGCCGGGCGUGUCCCGGCGCGGGCCGACGGGCCGGUCUCGGGGAGGGAGCGAGGGCAGACUGUGAUCGGACCGACCGGCCGCCGGUCUGCGAGUGCCGAGCUGGGGGAGCGAUCAGCCCACCGACCCAGCGGCGGCCGCUGCUCUCUGGCCGAGCUGCCGCCCCCAGGGCCGGACAGGAGCUGGCCUGCCGCUCUCGGCAGCCGGGGUGGGUGGCCGGCUGCCUGUCUCAGGGUCCGGGGCACCCGUGCGCCGCCCCGGCAGCCGGGAGGUGCCCGCCGGCCGGGCGCCAGUGCUGUGAGGAUUGGGGCUGGCCCCGAGCGCCCGCCGGGCUGUGCCACUCUCGCCGUUUUACGUUCUGUUCACGGGUGCUGUCCGCUCCAGUGUGUGGCGUGCCCCGCGUCCAGCCUGCCACGGCGUGCGGGGUUUUAUUUUCGUGAUGUGGGGGGCAGGGUGACUCGUGCCGGGUCGGAGUCCGGUCAGACCUCUGUUGGUGGCCGCCGGUGCGCCCCUGUCGUGUCAUGCCGUUCUGUGAGGGGCGGUAUCCGCUUCUGCUGCUGUUUGUUGUGUGUGUUUGUGUGUCUGUGUGCACGGUGAUGAGGCGUCGUCUCGCCGCGCGGCCCCCGUCUCCCAGUCAGCCGGGUGGGUGGCGACGCACCGGUCUUAGAGCACGGACCGGCGCUGUUUUACGGCGGCGUAUGUGGCGCACAGUGAGAGACACGGAGGCGAGGUCUGGCGUACAGUGAGAUACGGAGACGAGGUGCGGCGCGGAGCCGGGACGGUGUUUGGUUUUUACGCGCCUAUGUACGGUGUACCUACAUACAUUUGUUGAGCGACGCCCACCGGCGCCAGAAUAAACUCGCAACCAUUCCAUGAGACGGCUGCCGAUUGA